CAGACGAAAAGCUUUAGUUUACUAAAUGUUUGCUUUUUUCAAAGCCAUUUUCAAGUUUUGUACCACCAAAAGAUUAUCAACAUUUAAGUGGAAAACAUACAGCAUACGAGUAAGUCAGGUUUUAACGGGACGGAAAUAAAUGAAUUUGACUAUGCCAUGUUGGCUAGAUACAGGAACUCAUCUAGAAUUAAAUGACAAAUAUAGAAAAGGCUUUAUCGAGUGCUGAUAUUCAUUAUUCGGGAGUGCUGCCUAGAAAAUGAGAAAAUAAGAAAAUGAGAAAAAGGAAUUUGAAGUACGCGUAUAUUUCAUGAAAUGCGAUUUCUAACACAUUGCGUGUCGCAGUUUUCCGGCUGAAAUUUGAUUUUCUUUUUGCCAUUUAACCUUAGUUAGUAUGAACACAUUGUAUUGGAAUAUACUGUAUUCCUACUAGCCAAGGUUGCAUUCAGGAUUGCCAGAUAAGAUUUACAAAAGAAGGCCCGACGGAUAGGCAACUCAGAACAAAAUCCUCUUAAAAAGGCCAAAUUGGAAAAAAAUCUCAAAAAUGCAUUGCGCAGUCGCUGUUUAUAUUUCUCCGCAUGCGUCUUUUAUAUAACCUCUUAAUUCAAAGAAGAAAUUUCUAAUUUAAAAACCCUUUUUCCUGAUAGUUAGAAUCUAUUUUGUGUGUCCUAUAGGUGAUUAUAUUUGACAUUUGGGUAACACUUUGUAGCACAUAAAUGUUGCUAUUACUCUCUGAAUUUAGAAUUUCUGCUAAAAAGGCCAAAAAAGCCAGAUUUAAGUAGUAGGUCAAAAAUAAAUUUUCCAGGCAAUUUAAUUAUGAGAAAGGCCAAAAUUGGAAAAAUUUGGCGUGAAAAGGGCCAAUCUGGCCACCCUAGUUGCAUUUAUACUGUAAUAUAUAUCACGUGCUUCUUUCAUUGUUUUAUUAAAUUACCUAUAAUCAAGAACAUAACACAUACUAGGCUCUGGGCUAAACUGGCUCUGGUUCCCAGGGAAGGAGGUUGCCCGACUCAUUAAAAACAUUAUCUUGUUCUUCUUCCCAGCAAGUUAGAAAUAAAACUGCACUAGAAUGGUAUAAUCGAUACGUAGCCUCAAAGAAAGAAAUACUGUAGAGCGAGAACGAGGCACUUUUUGAACCAGUAUGCAGGAUAAUGCAAGUCCCCGGUGGCGCUAGUCCUGAUUGCAUUUAGUGUCUGGAAGUCUUUUUUGAAUUUGUAGCAGCAUCUAAAUUGUCUAGAAUUAUUGACGAUAUGAUAUUAUUUUAUGCGAUAUGAUAGUAUAUGUUGGGUCAGGAGUGCCACCUGCGAACGAUGUCGCUUGUCGCUAAAACGAUUUAAUUUCCUGCACACAAACAUAACAGGUUACGUCAAAAACAAACGUGGAGUUUAGGUUUCUGCGAAUGUUGCUAAUUUCCUAAUUUCAAUGUCAUUUAUGUGCAGUUUUCCCUCGUCUGAAAAAGUUACUACAGGAGAUAAGAUACUUUCAAGACAAUUGUGAAAAAUUUGAGAACCCUGAAGACAAUUUUUAUGUACGAAAAAUGAGUACAUGAAGUGGGGGUGCUCGUUUGUUGGGAUGAAAAUUAUGGAGUAGAGAACUCAUGUGAAUCACACAAAGGGCCUGCUAAUGUAAAGUGAAAUAUCCUACUCAAGCACAGUGUAACGAUUCUGUGACUCAGGUGGGUUGAUUCAAGGCUUCAUUUGUGUGUUGAGACUUCAUCCCACUUUUUUGGGCUAGCCUUGAAUUCCAAACCGUUUUGUUUUACUUAUCUAAGCAAGGAAUUUUUAUUCCUUAUCAUUCCAUAUUGCCAAGCGGAUCAGCGAAUCGUUUUGAUCCCAGAAUAUCUUAUCCCAUCGGCUCAGCAGUGGGACUCUACCUAGGUGACAGUGUCCCAUGCACACCACUUUAUGGGCCGAAUCUCAUCUGAGUGUGCUAUCCUAUUGAGUGGGAUAUCUCAGGCUCAUAUAAACCUUCCAUAAAAAAUCAUUUCUUGACUAAAUUUUAUUCAAUCGUCAUUUUGAGUGAUUGAUUCAACUUCUCACAAUCAGCAUCGAGGCAGUUUUAUUCCAGAUUAUAGCCCGUAUACCACAUGGCAAUCUUUACAUUACAUGCAGUGAGUAUUCAAAGACAAAUUUAUGUACAUAAAAUCAACUUGCGUUAAAAUAUCUUUGCGUUAUUUCAUCUACACUCAAAUACGAUACAUAACGUUUUCUCCCAAAGCAGUAAUCUGGUUUGGUCUUCUGCAUUACCAUUUGGUAUGUUGAUGUUUAAUAUGGGCAAGAGACUCUCAGAAGGAAGCUACUGAACACAAUGACAAAAUAAUUUUUGUGCAGAUUGCGCUUGCUUAUAUGGUAGAUUUUCUUUAGACAGUUUGUUGAGUCAUCCGUAAGAUUUCAGCUUAGUUUCGUACACUUGGUAGAGAAAACUCCCUUUCUUUGAACUUCAAACAAAUUAAAUAGCUGUCUAUAUUUAUAGAGUGACAUUACAAGUGCUGUUAAACUGCCUUUGGUAUAUAGAAAUGCUUUUUAUAAAGAACAUAGUUGAAGGCCUAUUUUUUUCAAUUACAUUGUAGUAUCAGAAGUUCCUCAAUAGCUUCUUACUUUAAACUGUCCCUUUAGUGCCCUGAAAAUAGCAAAGAGGCGAGAUAACAUCUAAAUUUGAAAUUUUGCUGUAAGUUGUGGCAAGAAAACACGAGGAAGGCAAAAAGAUCCUGAAGGAUUUUGUCUUUAGUGGUAUCCUUUUGUCUCUUUUGGGUUUCUUAGUGGUAUUUGGCCUUUUUUACGUUGGUCCCUGAAAAACUUGUUCCUCAUAAAAAGCAUGUAAACAGUUUUUUAUGACAAUUUGUAUAUUAUAAUUUAGAAUAUCAAUGAUUGAAUAGUUCCUUGUAUGUAUAGUAGAUUCUAUAGCUGUCUCAUAAAGAGAUUAAUUAUAGUUUAGAAGAUAUAUCCUAUUUCUUAAGUUUGGUUCACAGAGUAACACUACAAAUAAUUCUAAAUGGAAGAAAGUUUUUGCAUAAUCAACCGAAAUCAACCGAAGGUUUUCUCAAUACCUUUUCCCUUCCAAUUGCAGAUAAAUUUAGUCUUCUCUUUGCGAGUCGUUUCCUUAGAAUUCCUUUCUUGAAUCCCCUAUUCAAUAUCAGAGAUACAAAUUUUAUUGAGAAAAGUUUGGGCGUUUCCAACACAAAAGGGUGUGGCUUCUCUUUCUGACAACCUUUGCAUUGCAUAGGUUAAAAUUUAGGCUGGAUCCGCGCCUGAUAACGACAGUAAGGCUUUAAAGUAUCUAUUAUGUCAUCCGCUUGAUUAAAUAAUGUUAUCCGGUUGAUUAAAUAGUGUUAUCCGGUCGAUACAAAUGUGCAAUUUAUACUGAGAGAAAAUGUGAGCGAGAUCACGGGUUCGAGUUCUAAUAUAGGGGUUCCAAAAGCCGAUAACCGCGCGACAAUCAACCAAAAGCUGCAAUCUGCAAAAAAGGCCUAAAAACCAAUGAUUCGCUUCUAAGAUAAGGGAAACAUUGCUAGAAGUAACUGUAUGGCUAGUUAGAAUGGUUCUCACUCUGUUUCACAGAACAACUUUGGUCCAAACCACAGCUGCGUUGGUCCAAACCACAGAAACCUUAGCCAAUAUCUAUUGAUUUCAUAUGUUCUUGGAAACACAACAACAUCCUAAAAGCCGUAACCCGUUACCUAUUUACACCAAAAGACGCAAGACGCAAAUUGUGCUGAAUCUGCAAUCCACAGAAAACCCAUUGCAAAAUCCGCAGGCCGUACGUAAAAAUUGAUUCAAGUCGUGAAACCACAAACCUAACCUAUAAUCGGUCCGGGCCCGAUAGGCCCAGUGAGAAGUGCGGACGUAAGCAAAUUAAGUCUCUUGCUUCAAAACAACAUGCUUCAAAAAUUACAGAAUAAAAAGCCGCUAGAAAAGUAACAAAUAGUUUUUUUGAUGCAUCUGCAGCUCCUUUGCUCCAGAGACUUGGUUGGCCGGCCAUCUGUACAGAAGCUGAUAAAUAAAGAAACAGGUUCUAUGGUUUACAAAUCUCUUAACUCUCUUGCACCUAAAUAUCUCAGUGACCCAUUCGUGAGAUUAUCCGGGGUACAUCCAAGUGAGUUAAGAAACUCUAAAACAGACCUUGCAAUACCCAUGUUGAGAACUGGCAAUGGCCAGAAAUCCUUCGCGUAUCGUGGGGCCAGUCUCUGGAACAGUCUCGAUUUGGACACAAAAAUGGCUCCCUCAAAUAAUGCCUUCAGGUCCAAACUCAAGGAAAAAUUAUCCUUUUUAUAUACAUAUAUUUAUUGAGGUGUAUUGUUGUAAAUUUAUACAUCUUUGAUUUAGCCAUAUUCCGCUCUUUUUAUUGUAAAUUUAUAGUAUAUAACUUUUUAAUUUUGUAAGUAGUUUUUGCAGGGCCAAUUGUAAAACAGUAUUUAGACUGAAUUUGUACCCUGGGUAAAUAAUUUUAAAAUAAAUAAAUAGAUAAAUAAAUAAAUAAAUGAAAUAAGCUUGCUCAGUUGGAUAUUGCUGCAGGUUGUAGAACUAUGAGUUAACUGACAAUCCACCUUUAAUUCGAAUAAUGCAUAAAAAUAUUCCCGUAGUCUUGAUGCAGUUGAUAUGUUCAGAAAAUGUCAUAUUUUGUUGGUGUCUAAGGCGUCUUCCAUAUGGCUAUUCAAAUGAUUUGAUAGUCAUAUUGACUCUGAAUGACAGUUUUGACAUGACAGCUUUUAAAAAAUUUACGAAUUUCUAAGCCAGACCUGCAAUUCAUGUUCGCUGUGUUAUAGAUAUGUAGACAUCUCACAAGAAUGCUGUUUUUAAAGUCGGUAGUUAGGUCCCGCCACUCAUCGAUGAUCAUAUGAGGUUGUGAAAGGACCCAGUGCCUGAAAAAUACCUUAGAUUCUAAUCUGACUAACGGCUUUCAACUUCGUUACAACCAUCAUGCAGCGCUAUCAAGUGCCAGUUUUGUUGGUGUUACUUCAGGUGCAAUCAGUACGAUGCGAUCUUGACCGAUGGGCUCUUUUAAACACAGGGACUGGUUUCAGUAAGAUUGAUCUGAACCAGAAAGCGCUGUAUGCAGUCACAACUUCCAAUGAAUUGCGAAUUUUGCAGUCGGACCAGGGGUUUGAACUUGUUGAUAGCUCCGUCCUUGACGCUGCUGUAAAUGACGACUUUGAAGUUUGGAUGAUUAAAACGGAAAAAACAAUUGCUUAUCGCAGUGGAACAAGUGGCACAAAUUUGGUUGGAACUGGAACGUUGGGAAUCUCUGGGACAGGAAUCGGUGCUGCAACAGGGAGACACGCCCUAUCAUUUCAUUACAGUGAAGCAGGCAAUCUUUAUAUAAGGACAGGAUUUGAGAGUGCAAACACUGGUACUUCAUGGGCAUUGACCUCUGGUGCGAACAUUGUCAAAGUCUCUUGUUGUAAGACGCUUUGCGUGUGUGUAGCAGGUGUUAGUCAAUUAUUCUCAACUCGUAAGCUAUCUAGUGGUCUUUCCCCAGCUUUGCCCCCUGGUUGGUCUCUUCUAAACAUUGACACCUUGGAUGUAUCGGCUAAAGAAGAGAAAACCCUGUGGAGAGUGGACACUAAAGGCAGUGUAUGGCAGGCUAUCAAUGUUUUUGAUUCAGAUUUGACCAAAGUUGCCUGGGAUAGACGUGGAUAUGAUGGAACCAAGUUUAAGGCAAUUUCAGCAACAAAUAAUAUUCAGUUUGGCCUUGCCGUUGACAAUCAUAUUCGUGUUUUUACUGGAUGCCCUAUUUUCGACUUCGAAGAAAACAGUCUGGAAAAGUGGAACAUGACGGGUUCCUCUUUCUUGACCCAACCAGUUGUCAGCCAAGAAACUUAUUAUGGCAGGGCAUCAGGGAAGGUAGGGGAUCGACUUAUUGAUACGUUCUCGUCUCGAAAAACUUACAAAGUGGCUGAAAGUGCAAGCGAAGCCUCACAAGGUAACCAUGUUACGGGGACAUUAACUUCUCCAUCAUUUCAGAUUACAACAGACAAACUUCAUUUUGUCAUAGGUGGUGGUUCAUACCCAUACAACUACGUUGCACUAGUCAUAAAUGGCGAGGAAAAGUUGCGUAGUUCUGGAGGAAGUCAAGACAAAAACGGGCCCGCUGGAGCGACUCGAUCUGGCAGGUAUUACUGGGAUGUAUCUACCUACAAAGGAAAAUGUGCAUCUAUCAAGGUUUAUGAUUUUGGUACAGGUCCUUUUGGACAUACACUUUUCGAUGACCUAAGAGCAUCUCCACCUUGCUUUGGUAGUAUGCAAGUGUUUUUAACAAAUGAAGAUCACGCUGGGUAUGGAACUUCUGGGAGGAUCAUGACAUACAAAUUAAAACUGCGGGUCUUUUACACUUCAACAAAAAGACAAUUGAAAAUAACAGUUGGUUUCCCAACAGUUAAUAAUGAAUCAUAUAUUUACAUAGAGAAGUUUUCGGAAAAAUGGAAGAAAUGUGGUGGCACAUUUCUCAGUGAUACGAAAAUGUUAUCCUCGUCGGUCUUCUCCACGCGUUGGCACUCCAUGGAUUAUAAGGUGAAAAACUACCUACUGUCAGAUAUUUCAUUCUUGUUAGUUACACGUGUAUAUGAUCAUAAAGAUCACCAGGGCACUGAUCUACAGAACACUACCAUGACGGUGACUGUCAACUAUGCAGACGAGUUUGUGCGCAUAAUUAAGCGAGAUGUAAGUGUUAAGAUGGUAGGGAAUGAGAUAGCGAAGUUGGAACUGACCGAGAACUUCCCUGACGGGAGACACAUUUUUGUUGGUGAGAAUAUCAGCUACAUUGUUAAGCUUAAGCACAGUUAUACACUGUCGUUGCAGAGGGCAUACAAUGUUAGAAUACGACUGUUUUUGCCCCCUUACAUGACUCUUGUUAAAGUGGAUGGAAUGCGAAAGAUACACGGAGACGUACUGUCAAUGCCGUCGCCAUCAAACCAUCAAGUUUACAUCCCAGAGCUAUUGCUUGACGAUAACCGCACGCUGGAGUUCGUAAUGAGUGUAUCCAGUAAUCCAUACUGGAAGACGAACAAAGAAUUAAGAGGGGAAUUCAUCGUCAACGAUGCGGCCUAUUGCCAACGACGCAGCUGCACCAAAUCAAACCAAACUGGUGCAGCAUUGGUACAACUAGUGCGCAACAAAAUUUAUCAAUUUCGGUUUUCUGAAAGAAACAAUACCAAAGUCGUCUCCAGGAAUGUUUCUACAAGAAUCGUAAGCGAUAAUGGAUUGACUUUGAUCAUCUGUGGAGCUGGUCAGUCUUUCGAUAAAACUGGCCUUGGGCAAUGUUUCUUCGGCAAUGCUACAUCGAAGAGCUGGAUUCGUCUCAGUGUAGCGUUAUCUGGUGUCCUAUACUAUGAUGCAAAUAAAAUGGAAAUUUAUGGUGAAACACAGCAGGGAAAAAAAUUGAAAGUGUUUGGGGAACGAUUUGGAAACAGUUGCUUUUUGAGUGACGAAGAUUGGAAGCGUGUUGUGUCUAUUAGUGAUAGCUUUCUGAAGCCGUCGAAUGUUGGCUCUUCAAUUGCGAAUGGUCUGAUGCAUAAGUGGCAUUGCUGUGGCUAGAAAACAUUAUGGCAUUGCUUCCUCAAGAUACUUUUAUUUAUGAAGUAUUCUAAAUACAGCAUUUCACAAAGAUUUUGGCUCUAAGCCCGUUAUUGAAUAUUAUAGAUUUUAGGUAUGCACACUAAGAAUUGAUUAUAUUUCCAACUAUUAUGAAAGAUGAACAUUAAGGGGCCCUUUACAUGAGACCCGAAAUGAACUCAUGCCGGUGUCAUAUGCGUUUCGGUAACCUUAUGCAUUUCGGUCCGGGUACUCAAACGCAUGACAAUUUUGGUUAUUCAAAAUCGUACCCAAGCACCUAAACAAUAGGGUACCAAAACGAAUGGUGGAAGUUAGCAUGCAAAACAGUCCGGGUACUCAAACGCAUGGCAAUUUUGGUUAUGCAA